AAGAACAGCAGUAACGACGUAGAUAAUCGAGAAAAUUCAUCAGAUUUGGCUAAUCUCGUGGAAUUUAGAGACAAAAAGUGGAAAACCUUCUGCCAGAAUGGUCAGUCGACGCACGUGAGAUGUUAAUUUAGGCGUAGUUAGCGGAAAAAAUGGAUAUUUUAGUAAAUGUUUACGAAACUGUCGUACCAUCGCCAUUAAAACUUGUUUUCGAACAACUAACUGUGCAUGUUUUAAUUGGCUUGGGUAUUGUGGUUGCAUUGAUUUGUCUCUUCUUUGGGCUUUAUGUGUGGAAAAAUUAUCGGACCAAAUGCAAACAAAUUCUCGAACAACGCUUCGAGUAUGGACGACCUCGUUUCCGAAAACGAGAAAAAGUCGAGUUUUAUGGGCGGCGUUUGCUGCGGAAGGUCCAGAGUAUCUCGCAACAGUCGGGAAGUGGCAAGAAACGACGAGCAUUGGCGCGAUUUGCAAAGAAAAUUUUGCAUUUGAACAAGGAAAAUGCGCCAACGUUGCUGAAAGCGGUCGAACCUCCGGCAGAAUAUUUGGAGGAAACGCAGGCAGGGAACGACAAAGUGCCGCCGGAUGCGUUUUACAUGCUUCAGAGCAUUCGGAUUUUUGGUCAUUUCGAGAAACCGGUUUUCCUGAAGAUUUGCAAACACACGGAAAUCAUUAAUUUGCAGGCGGGCGAGUUUUUGAUCAAAAUCGGAGAUGCCGAUGACUCAAUUUUCAUCGUGCAAUCCGGGAUGAUCAACGUUUUUCUCAAUAAUCAAGACGGAAGUACAAUUCCAUUGAAAUGUGUGAAGAAAGGCGAGACUGUGACGUCAUUGUUGUCAUUUGUGGAUGUCUUAGUCGGUAAUACAAGUACCUACAAGACAGUUAUCGCAAAAGCAGCUGAACCAUCGCAAGUAAUUCGAGUCCCCAUGUUCGCUUUCAAGGAAGUUUUUGACGAAUCUCCGGAUAUUUUGGUGCGCGUCAUCCAAAUUAUCAUGGUGCGAUUGCAGCGUGUCACAAUGACAGCUCUUCACAACUACUUGGGUCUCAGUACGGAACUGAUUCAGCAGCAAUUUCAACGAAAAAAAGUCCCGGCAGCGACAAAAAGCUCUCCCGGGCACAAAAGAACCUCGUCUGAUGUGCCUCCGAUGGUUCAUUCGCUCACGAUGCAAGAACCCGACAUGAUUGCUGACCUAAAUUUGAACGAUCCGUUGUCGCAAGUUGCUGCGAGGAAGGUUUCUGUGCCCGUCGUUGAAGCAAUUGAGCCUUCACUGAUGCGGAGUAUUGCCAUUGACGGGUUUAUGAAGGAAUUGGGACUCGAUGCAAAGGACAGCCAUUGGAUCGAAAAGUACAUUGACGUGAGGGAAAUUUGUGCGGGCACGACUUUGACGCAUCAGGGGAGCACCGAUGACGUUUCCUUGAUUUAUUUGAUCAGCGGAGCUCUUUUUGUCAUUCAGUCGUCGCAAAAUGUGCCGCAACCGAAGAAGGAUAAGGAACCGCAUGCGAUUACGAUUUAUCCGGGAGAAGUUGUUGGAGGCUUGGCUGUACUUACGGGAGAGACGAGCAUGUAUACAAUUCGGGCAAAGCAUUUGUCGCGAGUUGGAUUGUUACCAAAGGACGUCGUUUAUAACAUCAUGCGCGAAAAGCCCGCCGCUGUCUUGGAUAUCGCCAGCAGUGUCGUUCGAUGCCUUUCGCCGCUCGUGCGUCAAUGCGAUUUCGCCUUGGAUUGGGUUUUCUUGGAGUCGGGACGUGCCCUUUAUCGUCAAGACGAGCCAAGUGACUCGACAUUCAUCGUUUUGAGCGGGCGUUUGCGUUCCGUCAUCACCCAUCCGAACGGCAAGAAGGAAAUUGUCGGCGAAUUCGGUAAAGGAGACCUCAUUGGCAUCGUUGAAAUGAUCACAGAAACGAAUCGCACGACAACGGUGAUGGCUGUACGUGACUCCGAACUGGCAAAACUCCCCGAAGGUCUUUUCAACGCAAUUAAAUUGAAAUAUCCCGUUGUCGUGACGCAACUCAUCAGUUUGCUAAGUCAUCGUAUUCUCGGAUCGAUGCAAAAUUUGCCACGAACUUCGGCUUCUUAUACCUCAACAAUGUCGGCGGCUGUCCCAUUGGAAAGUAAUCCGGUUACGCAUCGAUAUUCGACCGUUGCUGUCGUCGGGAUAAGCGAAGAUGUGCCAUUAACUGCCUUUGUUUAUGAACUUUUUCACUCGUUGUGUGCCAUUGGACCGACAAUUCGCUUGACAUCGGAUUUUGUAAGGAAAACUUUGGGUGCUUCGAUCAUGGAGGCAAGUAAUGAGUAUCGGUUAACGAGUUGGCUGGCACAAAAUGAGGAUCAACAUAAUAUCGCUCUCUACCAAUGCGAUCACAAUUACAGCGUUUGGACCCAACGAUGUCUCCGACAAGCGGAUGUCAUCUUAAUUGUCGGUUUGGGAGAUCGCCCGCCCACAAUUGGGAAGCUGGAACGUGAAAUUGAUCGACUUGCCAUCCGUACAGCGAAGGAACUUGUCUUGUUGCAUCAUGAAAACUCGGGGCAGAGACCAAGUAACACCGUGCAAUGGCUAAAUAUGCGCUCUUGGGUGUCGCGACAUCAUCAUAUCCAAUGUCCAAAACGGAUGUUUACGCGAAAAAGUCAAUAUCGUGUGAACGAUCUCUACAGCAAAGUUUUGAUGUCAGAAGCGAACAUGCACAGCGACUUCUCUCGUUUGGCCCGUUGGUUAACAGGAAAUUCCGUCGGACUCGUUCUCGGCGGCGGAGGAGCUCGAGGCGCUGCUCACGUUGGCAUGCUAAAAGCCAUUCAGGAAGCUGGCAUCCCCGUUGAUAUGGUUGGCGGAGUCAGUAUCGGUGCUUUUAUGGGUGCUCUCUACUGUUACGAGAAAAAUUUAGUUGGAGUUACGCAAAAAGCGCGUGAAUGGUGCAAAAAAAUGACACAAUGGGGACGACAAUUACUUGAUUUAACGUAUCCCGUGACGUCGAUGUUCACCGGAAGAGACUUUAAUAACACAAUCCGAGGCGUUUUCGGCGAAGUUUACAUCGAGGAUUUAUGGAUUCCGUAUUUUACAUUGACAACUGAUAUUACGGCGAGCUGUGCCAGGAUUCAUACACAUGGGAGUCUGUGGCGAUAUGUUCGUAGUAGCAUGAGUUUGAGCGGUUACAUGCCUCCAUUGUGCGACCCGAAAGAUGGGCAUCUCUUACUCGACGGCGGAUACAUCAACAAUUGUCCGAGUGACGUCAUGAAAGCACAGGGAGCAGCCCAUAUCAUCGUUAUUGACGUUGGAUCGCAAGACGACACCGACUUGACGAAUUACGGAGACGAUUUAUCCGGUUGGUGGUUGUUGCUGAAUCGAUGGAACCCGUUUUCAGCCCAAAUUAAAGUUCCGUCGUUGCCGGAUAUUCAAAGUAGAUUGGCUUAUAUCUCGUGUGUGAGACAAUUAGAGGAAGUGAAAAAUAGCUCAGAAUACGAGUAUGUUCGUCCCCCAAUCGAUCGUUAUAAGACCCUAGCCUUCGGUAUGUUCGAUGAAAUUCGUGAAGUAGGCUACCAGCAUGGAAAACAACACUUUGAAACGAUGGAUAAGUGUGAUAGGCUCCAACGUUUCAAGAGUUGGAAGUCACGAGAGCAACCUGUAAAGGCUUUACACACCUUAAAUGAAUAUUCCUUCGUUGACUUGGCACAAAUCGUUUGUAAAGUACCGGAAACAUAUCCUGAGUAUCCCUCAUCCAGCGACGACGAAGAUUUGGGCGGAUAUGCUUCAGAACCCUCAACCAUUACAAGAAAAAUCAACACAUCAUCCAUGCUGAAACGAACAGUGUCCCUGUCAGAGAACGAAAUUGACUCAGAUGACCUUGAAAUGCCGAUGCCAUUGAAUAUCCGUUCUCCUCCGAGUCGGAAUUCGGAUCGUCAUAGUCCUGAUGAGACGAGAAAAACUGAAAAUCAAGCGGAAAAUAAUUAAAUUUAAGAGUGAAAAUGAUAUUUUUUUUAGGUUUAAAGUCCUUUGAACAAUUUUUACGGUUAAAAAAUUGCAUUAAAAAAAUUAUUUUUAACUAAAAUUUUUAAUUUUAAAAAAAAUUUUCUUCUAAAAAAAAAUUGAAAUUAGCUUAAAAAUUAAUUAAAAAUGAAAAUUUAAAUUUUUUCAAUAGUAAAAAUUGUUCAAAGGACUUUUUUCGUUAGUCUGUAAGAACAUAAUUUGCUUUCUACUCGAUAAACUCGUAACAGAAUCAAGACUUUAGCUCUUAUGUAACGACGUUACAGUGGCUUUUUAUUAAGAAUUAUUGAAAAAAAAAGAAAAUUAACGCUCAAUUUGAUCGUUUUAAGAUGGACAGUAAUCAAACCAAAUCCAAAAAUAAUUAUAAAUGUACAAAAAAA